ACGUCAAUGACUCAAUGUUUAUGUUUAGAGAUUUUAUGUAAUAGGUAAGAUACAUUAGUGCACAAAUUUAAAUAUAAAUACUUAAAAUUGAUAAUACUUACUGGUUUCAAUUACUUUUAUAACUGACUUCGCUUCGUCAGCAUCAUAACCCUAUGUGAAAUUCAAAUUUCAAAUACACCAAUGACUACAUUAGGCAUGGACCUUGUGGCGGAUACACAGAAUCUCAUAAAGAGUGAGAUUAUCACCUUUGGAUGCACAUUUUGUUAUAAGGACUUUGUGCAAGAAGAUGCUUACAAUGAACAUAUGAGCACGCAUCUCCAGAACAUUGGCAGCAAUGCUGUAUGUGAUGCAUCACAAGUGUGCGAGCCUCGUGCAGCUGUGAGCCGCUGUGACUCACUCGUGCUGCAGAACGAAGAUCAAUUGCCAUUGCCCUCUACUUCUGCUGCUUCGGGGCCAACUGCAGUUAAAAUAGAACCAGCAAAAACAAAAUGUUAUGAUUCUCUGCCUCCAUCUAUAUUACACAGAAAAGUGCAGAAGACCGAAGAAGUGGACAAUCAGCGUUCUCAAAAAGACAAUAAUACAUUCAUAGAUGGACUGGCGAAUUGUGGAUUCAAAUACGAUAUUAAAAAGAAAUUCGAAGAAGCUGUUUUAGAUACAAAUAUGAGUACCGACACUGGUAAAAAGUAUCAUUCUUGUGAGACUUGCAAUUACAAAAGUACACUCAAAAUUAACUUAAUUAGACACAUGAGAAGCCACACUGGAGAAAAGCCUUAUUCUUGUGAUAUGUGUAAUUCUAAAUAUACACAAAAAUGUAAUUUGGAUAGACACAAGAUAACCCAUAGUGUUAAAAAAAAAUAUUCUUGUGAGAUAUGCAGUGCUAAAUUUAGUUUGAAUAGUUAUUUAGUUAGCCACAUGAAAAUUCACACUGGUGAAAAACCAUUUUCUUGUGAUAUAUGCUAUUUUAAAACAGCAUAUAAAAAUUCCUUAUAUCAGCACAAGAAAAUUCAUACGGGAGAAAAGCUUUAUUCUUGUGAUAUAUGCUAUUACAAAUUUGCACAAAAAAAGACGUUACUUAGGCACAUGAAAACCCACACUGGUGAAAAGUCUUAUUCUUGCGAGGUAUGUAGUUAUAAAAGUACAAAGAAAACUAACUUAGAUAGACACAAGGAAAUCCAUACUGGUCAAAAACUUUAUUCUUGUGACAUAUGCAACUCACAAUUUGCUGUCAAAAUUUAUUUACUUUACCACAUGAGAACUCAUACUGGUGAAAAGCCUUAUUCUUGUGAUACAUGUGCUUACAAAUGUACACAAAAGAGUUCUUUGGAUUCACACAUGAGAAUCCACACUGGCGAAAAGCCUUUCGCUUGUGACAUAUGCCAUUUUCGAAGCGCACAUAAACGUUCCUUAGCGAAACACAUGACAACCCACAGUGGUGAAAAACCAUAUUCGUGUGAGAUAUGCAGUUCCAAAUUUGCUGCCAAAGGUUAUUUAUACAAACACAUGAGAAUCCAUAGUGAUGAAAAAUCUUAUGCCUGUUAAUUAUGCGAUUUUAAGAAGUAGUUUAUCCAAGCACAGUAAUUAACACAAGUCAUAAUGUUGGGUUUGGUGUCUCCAGUUGCUUGGGCACUCAAAAGUCCCGCAGCGGGAGGGUUGAAUUUUUUUUUUAUAAGUUUUUUAAUAGUGUUUUGUAUAUUUUAUGUAUAACAUUGUUAAAAAUUUUAAAAAAAUGGAGAAAUAAAUAAAUGAGAGAUGAUAUAUUUAUUGAUUUACUAGUAAUAACAUAAAAUAAUUUUACUUCCACACUAGGAUUCCCUGUAUUGCGGUAAUCACUUUCUUUCAUAUAUAUAUAUGGAUAUAUGAGAAACUGGAGUUUGUAUCACACUGUAUGAAUUCCUUUUCUUUGGGACGGCUUACCUGGAUCUGAAUUCCAUCCUUCGCCACUGCUACAUAAUAUUAUUUAAAUAAAGAUUAUAAUUUACGAUAA